UUCUUGUUCAAGACAUCGUCUGGAACAACUCCUUUAUUCAGCAGUUCUUCUCCUGGAUAUCCACUGACAUCAGGAACAGUAUACACACCUCCUCAAAGGCUGCUACCCAGAAACACUUUCUCCAGAAAUGCCUUCAAACUGAAGAAGCCGUCCAAGUAUUGCAGCUGGAAAUGUGCAGCUUUAUCGGCCAUAGCUGCAGCAGUACUUCUCGCUAUUCUCCUCGCUUAUUUCAUUGCAAUGCAUCUUCUCGGACUGAACUGGCAGCUCCAGCCAGUGGAUGCACAUACAUUCAACAAUGGGAUAAAAACAGACAGAGACAAUGUUGCAACAAUGCCAUCUGGAGGACCUUGGUUUACCAUGAGAAACAGCAGCAUAGACACCGGGGAGGUAGAAAUUGGACGUCGCAUAACCCAGGAAGUACCAGCAGGAAUGUUCUGGAGAUCACACCUCCAUGUUGUCCAGCCGCAAUUCCUUAAAUUUAACAUCUCCUUAGGGAAGGAUGCCUUGUUUGGUGUUUACAUAAGGAGAGGCCUACCUCCAUCACAUGCUCAGUAUGACUUCAUGGAGCGUUUGGAUGGCAAAGAGAAGUGGAGUGUUGUUGAAGCCCCAAGAGAACGUCGCAGCAUUCAAACUUUGGUGCAGAAUGAGGCCGUGUUUGUCCAGUAUUUAGAUGUUGGGAUAUGGCACUUGGCAUUUUACAAUGACGGGAAGGACAAAGAAAUCGUAUCUUUCAAUACGGUUGUCUUGGACUCUGUGCAGGACUGUCCUCGGAAUUGUGAUGGGAAUGGUGAAUGUGUGUCUGGCAUUUGUCACUGCUUUCCGGGAUUUCACGGUGCAGAUUGUGCAAAAGCGGCAUGUCCAGUUCUGUGCAGUGGUAAUGGACAGUACUCCAAAGGCACCUGCAUAUGCUACAGUGGCUGGAAAGGAGCUGAGUGUGAUGUGCCAAGCAGCCUGUGCAUUGACCCUACAUGUAGUGGCCAUGGCUCUUGUAUUGAAGGAAACUGUGUGUGCUCUGCAGGGUUCAAAGGAGACAACUGUGAAGAAGUUGACUGCAUUGACCCAACAUGUUCCAACCAUGGAGUCUGUGUGAACAAGGAAUGCCUUUGCAGUCCUGGAUGGGGAGGCCAGAAUUGUGAACUUCCAAGAACUCAGUGUCCAGAUCAAUGCAGUGGGCAUGGCACUUACCUCACUGACACAGGUCUGUGUAGCUGUGACCCUAACUGGAUGGGUCCUGAUUGCUCUGUUGAGGUAUGCUCAGUGGACUGCGGCACUCAUGGUGUUUGUGUUGGUGGAGCAUGUCGCUGCGAGGAAGGGUGGACUGGGGUGGCAUGUGACCAACGUGUUUGUCAUCCUCGUUGCACUGAACAUGGAACAUGCAAAGAUGGAAAAUGUGAAUGCAGAGAGGGCUGGAAUGGGGAGCACUGCACCAUUGAUGGCUGCCCUGAUCUGUGCAAUGGCAAUGGGAGAUGCACACUCGGUCAGAACAGCUGGCAGUGUAUCUGCCAGACCGGCUGGAGAGGGUCUGGAUGCAAUGUUGCCAUGGAAACUUCAUGUGCUGAUAACAAGGAUAAUGAGGGAG